UGUACCUUAACAACCUCACCAUCAUCAACAGCCUUGACAACAAGACAUUAGUUUUGUUGCAUCUUGCAACACCUUCCCUCUCUCGAAGGAACGGAAUGGCGAUGAAUAGAAAGCCGGUUGGCAUCAACUUUGAGAAGAUCUUGCAGAGUCUGCUGAGUGAUGUUCAAGACAUGAGAGUGGAUUUUGAGGAGAAUGGCCUGCCCAUCAGUGAUGACAACAAGCAUUUGCAUCAGUUCUGUGACAGACUGGAAUUCAUCCUUAUGUUUGGUCUUCGAGAACGAAGUAGUGUCUUAGGCGCACGAAAGGAUCUCUGGCAGUAUUUUUGCAAGUGCCUGGCUGAACGACGCAACAUUCACGAUGGAUUGAAAAUUGUAAAGGCAAAUACCGAGCUGAAGACUGCUGUAGGUCGUGGUCGGUGCUUCAUGCGUUACUGUUUGGUUCAUCAGUGCUUGGGGGACGUCAUUCAACAGUGUGUUGACAACCAGACAGUAACUCGACAGUUCUAUCAAGAAGGUGCUCUUCUGCUUAAUGCUAAACUCUACCCCACACUACUGAAUUGUUUGUAUAAUCUUUGUGAUGUGCCCUUUGAUUUGUCUGCUACCGGACAUGACCUUGAUGUUACCUGGCCAACAUUUGCACGACACGGAGGUGGUGGCACGUGGCGACCCCCCACUCGUGCUGUCUCCCUGUCCUCCCUCUCUUCCUUCACCUCCCAGUUGAGUGAGAUAGCAUCAUCAUCAUCGCAGCUUGCUAACUUGCGCUGCAUGGCUCCUGUGGGUGAGGGCAGUUUAUCACCCAGUUUCCCUGAAAGUCCAAGACACGAGAGCGGAGAAGUGAGCAUGGAAGCCAACCUGGAGGUGACCUCCCUACAGGAGCGUCUGGCGCUUCUUGAGGGCGACAACGCCACACUUCGAGCAUCUUGUGCUUCCCUGCAGAACAAACUAGAUGAGGCUCAGCAGGAUUCAGGAGUUGCUAGUCCACACACUGAAAGUGACUCAGCCAAAUGCCACACUCCUGAAGUGUGUCUUCAGUGUGAGCAGUUGUCUGAGGAAUUGCAUCUCAGUAGGUCCAAAUGUACAGAGUUGCAGUGUCUACACGACCUGCUGGAAAACCAGGUGACGCAGCUUCACACACAAGUUGAUUCAUUGCAAGCACAAGAGAAGCACUUGAAGAAUGAAAUCACACAUCUGGAGAAAACAUUGAAAGAGACACUGACUGCAGGUGAAAGGCUCAGUACAGGUGUGCAUGAGUUGCUCAAAGAAACAAGUUCGUCUGCUGUACCUACUGUCAAUUUGGUUACAGUGAAGCCUGAACAGUGUGCGGCACUAGUAUCAAGCAGUGUGAUCUCCCAGCCGGACACAGACUCUUCACUGUCCCCCCAACAAGUGAUCGACCAGUGUCAGCACAAGCUAGAAAAUUUGGAGAAAGAAAAUGAAAUCUUAAGAGAGCAGUGUCGUGCAGCAGAAAUGGAGAAGACUGCUCUGCGGACAAAUAUACACAAGGUUAGUGCCAAUUGGUUUGAACGUAAGACUCGUGUAAGUGAUAGUGACACAGACUCUCAUAACAGUGGGGAUGGUGUUGAUACCCUUCAAGACUCCUCCAGCAGUCGUGAAGAGGUGGGCAUCCAGGUGCCAGAGUCGAUUCCAGAUCCCCAUCUCAUUAUAAAGAAACUGGAGGACAUUCCUAAACUUUUAGCAGAAAUCUCUUUUGCAGCCGGCAAACUUGAACUCACCGAGAGAAUGUGCUGUGAACUUCGAAGACGGGUUAGGGAUUAUGAAACAGUCAUUGAUGACCAGGAAAUUAUCAUUCAUGGUUUGAAAGACCAACUAGAUACAUAUUUUAAUGAUAACCAGAAAAUGUCACAGCAGUUAAGUGCACUUACUAAGUUGUUUGAAGACUUGGAACUCAUCGAGAAGACUCGAGUUAAUGCUGUUGCUCCCCCAGACAACAACACCACAACCUUCAGUAACUUACCUUCAGCAGAAGAUUUCAAAGUAAUGUCUAACAGUGUUAGCAAGACUUACAUUAAACUAAGAGAGCUUAUUUUUGAGAAAAAAUCCCUUGUUACAGAAAUUGAGCGUCUGAAGGUACUUAAUGUGGAACUUCAGCGACGCGUAGCUCAGCAGGAAACCAGACUUGUCAAUGUUUCUGAUGCACUUCACACUACUUGGCUCUUGGUUUCAGACAUGAAAGAACAACAUGCCCAGCUCCACUCUUCAGAGUCUAUUCUCCGAUACGAGCUGAAGGAGAAACGAGAGCUCCUUCAUCGCUUAAGGAAUGAGCUGGAGUGCUCACGAGAACAAUGGCACAAAAUUCGGCAAAUGAAUUCAGAGAGUGAGGAAGCAUGGAAUACUCUUAGAGAGGAACUCAAUGAGAGAAGACGCAUUGCAGAGAGAGUAGCAGAGGCGAAAGGUGGUGAAUACCCUGCAAUAGAAGAGGAAGGAGCAGCGGCUAUAACACACACUUAUGGUGAAUUUGAACCCCCUGUAGAUUUAUUGCUUGAUAUGGCUAUUGAAUAUGGUGUUGUUGAUGCUGAUGAUGACACCUCCACAUCAAUUGUUGCUGCAAUGGCAGGAGAGGACAUGCAUGCCACUCGCUUGCAAAACCUAGAAGAGCAGUGCAGUUACCUCUAUCAAAAACUUAUGGCAUCAACUGCACGUUCAUUGACUCUUGCAUCAAGACUGUCUGCUCUUCACCAGCAUUAUGGUUCCAGCGAUGAUGAAGAUGAUGACGAUGAUAAUGAUGAUGAAGACUACGAAAAUGAUGAAGAGGAAAAUUACCAAAUUAAUCACAUGGAGUCAGAAGCAUUGAGCCCUGAGCCCGAGAGCUUUGACACAGCAUAUGUCAGUGAGGCAGACACAGGAUCAGCUCCUGGGACUUUAUCUGAGGAAGAAACUACUGCACCAGUAAGUGCCGACGAGGCAUUUUCUCCAACGGAAGAACUUCCAGAGGCUGAAGGUGACCUUAGUAAGCGACUUAUCAACUUUCUCCCAAGAAAGAUUGAAAUUCUUCACAGGGAUAACAAGAAACUGGAAGAACGAUGCACUCUACUCCUUGAAGAGAAGAAUCGCUCCGAGGCACAACUGACUGAAGCUCUCGAAGCGGAGAAGAGACUCAGGCAACAGAUGGAGGAAAAGCUGGAACAUCUGGGCAAGUGUGUUGAUGAGCUCAAACUAGAACGCAAUGGCAAGAUAAGUGAAGCGGAGGAGAAUUUGCGGCAGAAAGUGAUAUCACUGAGCCAACAAGAGAAGGAAUACGAGAAUCUUCAGGAGGAGGUGGAAAUUCUGAAAGAUAAAUACGAAGAUAGAGGGAAACUGCUUCAUAUAGCUAGUGAGAGAGUUACUGAGCUCGAGAAAGCACUCCAUGGCAGUGAGGCCGUGACCAAGGACACCCUGUCACAACUCAGCCAAGCAAAUGCACAAAUUAAAGAGUUGCAGGAACUUCACAAUAAAUUAAACUCUGAAUAUGAGCAACUCAAAGGAGAAGUAGUGACCUUGCAACAGCAGGUUGCUGACUUAAGAUUCCAAGUGUCUUCCAAGGACAUGGAACGAGAAGUUGCAGUGAAGGAGAGCCUAGAAAAACAUGAGGCACUCACAGCAGCAGCAGCCGAAAUUAGUGAACAAGAAUUAAGAAUCUCAGAGUUGGAGCAACAGGCUGCAUCACACAAGCAACUCUUACUUUCUCAAGAACGUAAACACACUUCACAGGUUAAUGAGCUCACGCAAAACUUAGCUGAACGAGACACCCAGUGUUCUGAUCUCAGUGAGAGACUACACCAGACUGAAGCUACAUUGGUGUUGACACAGCAGAACCUCUGUGAGACACAAAAAGAACUCAACACAACCUCAGAGGCAUCUGUGCAGCUCAGUGAUGACAAUGCACAGCUAAGAGAAAAAAUUAUCCAAUUACUUAGAGAGAAGGAUGCCCUCUGGAAAGCUAAUGUCCGCCUGGAAGGUGCUGCGGGAUGUGGCCGAGCCUGGAUGGACAACAGUAGUGCCCAGAAGUGCCUAGAAUGUGGUGUGACAUUCUCUCUCACACGCAGACGACACCACUGCCGUACCUGUGGCCGCAUCUUCUGUACUGGGUGCUCCGACAACUGGAUCCUGACCCCGGCAUCAAGUCGACGGGUGAGGGUCUGCGAUGACUGCUUCUCUAUUCAGGCAGAACUGGCAACAAUUAUAGCAUCUCCAGCCUCACAGAGUUUCAGCAGCACACAGGAAACAUUGGCCAGUAGUCCAUUAGAGAAUGGAACAUCGGUGGCCAGUGCUACAGGCUCAUCUCAUCCACUGCCCAUUGGCUCCCGAGACCCUGACGAUGAUGAAUAUGCUGUAAUAUCUGAUGACGAAAUCCACACCUCACAGUUAUCGUCUAGUUCUAGUAGUGGGUCACCUUCAAGCAGCAAUGACAUGAUAACAGAAACACGUGCUACCAAGGAUAUCCUCACCCCAGAGUCACUCUCUACAUCACCACCCACUAAUGCUGAGGUGUGGGUGGGAGCAGGCCCCGAGUUUGGUCCCCAAGAUUUCCCACGGAGUGUGUCAUUUGCUGUGCUGCACCAACCUCAAGCUAGUAGCCAGCCAACGAUUGAAGCAGAAGCUGCGGCCGCAACAGCUAGUCAGCAGCGAGUAUUGAUUCCCACCACCCGAGUAGCUUCAACACAAGGAGCUGCUGUCAAGGGGCGUUUGCUUACUAAGCAGCCAGGAGUAUAUACCCUCGUCUUUGAUAAUUCCUUUUCUAGAUUCACUGCCAAAAAAGUGACUUACAGUUUGAGACUAGAAAACCAAGAGAGUUUGGAAGAGGGACCACAGCCACAGUCUUCUUCACAGACAUAGCCAGUACCUACUUUGCCUCUAAGUCUUUGUUGUAGUGAUUCUUGUCACUUUUUAUUAAUCAUGUUAUGGAAAAGGCAUUAAUGAAUAUGUAUUCAAUAAGCUGACUGAUAUACAGGCUAUCUUGUACUGUAUUACAGUUUCUGUAAUUGUAAUUGCACAUUAUCUGCUCCAGUGGAGGGGGAGGGUGCCUUGAUUAAACCUGAUUAUACCCCACCCCUUUCAUUCUCCACGCACUGUAUGACCCUUGUGGAUUCAGUGUUUUUCCCUGAACUUAAUAAUGACAUGUAAUGUUUGUACUGCAGAUGUGUGGUGGGUUAUGAGCCCCAUGACUGACAAACAUCUAACCACUACAUUUUUCUUUGUAUAAAACCUUCUUCUUAAGACAUACAGUAUUUUGUUAGUUAAAAGCUGGUACUAUCUGGGAUUCUUUGUUUUCCUAACAAUUUGUCACACAACCCUUUCAGAAACUUGAGUGCAGACAUUUCCUGUGAUUGAAGUGCCUCUGAGCUUAUUGACACUUUUGUAGCAUGCUGCCUGGCGCCUAUAUUUGUGAAUCUCUAGGUUUCCAUGUAACUGGCAGCACCACCCUUCAGCUUCAGAGUACUGGAGGUAGGUGUUGGUCAUUGAAGAUACACAGGUGUAGUCUCAUGCUGUCACCUUGCUAUCUUUCCAGGACAGCUUGGUGACUCCAUCAGGCAUGUUUGGCAGCCAUCAGAUAUCAUUAGCUAGGGCUCUCAAGUCUGAUGGGCAAGGGGCUUGAUUGACCACUUCCUGUCUUGGAUUCUUUCCUUCUGUUGUAUGAUAUAUGAGAUAAUGGAGCCCAGAUUGGUUUGCCGACACACUGCCUCAGAUACACCUGUGUUUGGCCAUUUGCACUAAAUGCAAAUGGCCUGAAGGUCGAGGCAAGUGCCCAAGGAGAAAUUAGGGACAACCAAGAGGAAAUCCCUAGCUUGUGGUAUCUGCACCACUAGGAGACCACCAUGAAGCAUUGUCAAGCAUGAUUUUAGGCAAGUUUCUCUACAAUGGGGUUGUCCCAGUUGGGACCAGUUGUAGUCUUUUGGAGGGGCAGGUCUGCAUGAGGGGUCUUUAACAGUAUGUAUUUCGACUGCCCUGCUCCUUUGAUACAAAGGGUUGUGAAUUCCUGCAGAACCUUUAAAGCAUUCUGAUGCUACUUAACUCACUAGAUGGGUGGAUGCAGUGCACAAAGAUAGAAAUGCAGGCAGUGAUGUCUUUAUAACCAGAAGCUUUGCUGAUCCCAUUAAUCAUCAUCCAGGGGCAGAUUUAGUGCUUUCCUCAAUAUUUAUAUCAGUAGUUCAUCAUAUUCCUUCAGUAUUUGGCUCUCAAAGGAAAGUACAUAACUCAAGAAAUAAACCAAAAAUAAAUAAAAUAAAAUAAAUUAUAUAUACGUACAGUAGAACCCCUGUAUCCACUUAUUCGAUAUCCACGGUUUACUGUGGCCAAAAAAUACCUCUUAAUUUUGCAUAAUAAUGGCCCCAAAGUACAAAAGUAGAGAAGCUGGCAGUUAUUCAAAGCCUAAGAGAAUCCGUGAAGUGCUUCCCAUCAGUGAAAAAUUUUUAAUUCUCCACUUAUUGUGCAUAAUUUAUCAACUAAACUUUAUAAUAGGUAUGUAUAGGACUUACAUAUAGGGUUUGCUGCUAUCCAUGGCAGGUCCUUGGAAUGUAUUCUCUGUAGAUAUGGGGAUCCUACUGUGUGUAUAUAUGAAAGAAGAAUAUAUAUACAUAUCCAUGGGGAAGUGGAACAGAAUUCGUCCUCUGUAAGCCAUGCGUGUUGUAAGAGGCGACUAAAAUGCCGGGAGCAAGGGGCUAGUAACCCCUUCUCCCGUAUAAAUUACUAAAUUUAAAAGAGAAACUUUCGUUUUUCUUUUUGGGCCACCCCGCCUCGGUGGAAUACGGCCGGUGUGUUGAAAGAAAGAAAGAAAACUAUAUAUAUUUUUUUCAACAAGUCCCACAUACAUAUACAUACAUACAUACAAUGGAACCUCGAGUUAUGAACACCCCACCAUGCGGAUUUUUCAGGAUACAAACCAUCAUUCGGUCGAUUUGGAUCUGUGCUCCAGGUCCCUAAAUUAAUAAUAAUAAUAAUAUUAUUAUAUUAUUAUUAUAAUACUUACGUACUAAUAAUUAUGAUAAUACAUAAUAAUAAUUACGUAUAUAAUAAUAAUAUACACCUACCAUCCAACUUACGACCUGCUCGACUUAUGACCAUGUUUUUUAUGCCAAAUUUCUGGGAAAUAAACAACUAUGUGUGUUGUACACAGUGUUUAUCCUAAACCUUACAGUAUAAAAUACACUACUAACAGUAUAAAAAGUAAAGUAAAACAUGAAAUACCAAAAUAAAACAAUAAAAUAAAGUCAUUACAAAAAUGUUUUGUUGAUAUUCAGUAGUAAAGUUCGACUUACGACCAUUUCGACUUAUGACUGGUUUCUCGGAACCGAACUCGGUCGUAAGUCAGAUGGUAGGUUUUUUUUUUUUUUUUUUUUUUUCCCCAACAAGUCGGCCGUCUCCCACCGAGGCAGGGUGACCCAAAAAAGAAAGAAAAUCCCCAAAAAGAAAAUGCUUUCAUCAUCACUCAACACUUUCACCACACUCACACAUUAUCACUGUUUUUGCAGAGGUGCCCAGAAUACAACAGUUUAGAAGCAUAUACGUAUAAAGAUACACAACACAUCCCUCCACACUGCCAAUAUCCCAAACCCCUCCUUUAAAGUGCAGGCAUUGUACUUCCCAUUUCCAGGACUCAAGUCCGACUAUAUGAAAAUAACCGGUUUCCCUGAAUCCCUUCACUAAAUAUUACCCUGCUCACACUCCAACAGAUCGUCAGGUCCCAAGUACCAUUCGUCUCCAUUCACUCCUAUCUAACACGCUCACGCACGCUUGCUGGAAGUCCAAGCCCCUCGCCCACAAAACCUCCUUUACCCCCUCUCUCCAACCCUUUCGAGGACGACCCCUACCUCGCCUUCCUUCCCCUAUAGAUUUAUAUGCUUUCCAUGUCAUUCUACUUUGAUCCAUUCUCUCUAAAUGACCAAACCACCUCAACAACCCCUCUUCUGCCCUCUGACUAAUACUUUUAUUAACUCCACACCUUUUCGUAAUUUCCACACUCCGAAUUUUCUGCAUAAUAUUUACACCACACAUUGCCCUUAGACAGGACAUCUCCGCUGCCUCCAACCGUCUCCUCGCUGCUGCAUUUACCACCCAAGCUUCACACCCAUAUAAGAGUGUUGGUACUACUAUACUUUCAUACAUUCCCUUCUUUGCCUCAAUAGAUAACUUUUUUGACUCCACAUAUACCUCAACGCACCACUCACCUUUUUUCCCACAUCAAUUCUAUGUUUUACCUCAUCCUUCAUAAAUCCAUCUGCCGACACGUCAACUCCCAGGUAUCUGAAAACAUUCAUUUCUUCCAUACUCCUCCUCCCCAAUUUGAUAUCCAAUUUUUCUUUAUCUAAAUCAUUUGAUACCCUCAUCACCUUACUCUUUUCUGUGUUCACUUUCAACUUUCUACCUUUACACACAUUCACAAACUCAUCCACUAACUUUGCAAUUUUUCUUUAGAAUCUCCCAUAAGCACAGUAUCAUCAGCAAAAAGUAACUGUGUCAAUUCCCAUUUUGAAUUUGAUUCCCCAUAAUUUAAUCCCACCCCUCUCCCGAACAUCCUAGCAUUUACUUCUUUUAUAACCCCAUCUAUAAAUAUAUUAAACAACCAUGGUGACAUUACACAUCCCUGUCUAAGACCUACUUUUACCGGGAAGUAGUCUCCCUCUCUUCUACACACCCUAACCCGAGCCUCACUAUCCUCAUAAAAACUCUUUACAGCAUUUAGUAACUUACCACCUAUUUCAUAUAUGUACUUGCAACAUCUGCCACAUUGCUCCUCUAUCCACUCUAUCAUAUGCCUUAUCUAAAUCCAUAAAUGCAAUAAAAACUUCCCUACCUUUAUCUAAAUACUGUUCACAUAUAUGCUUCAAUGUAAACACUUGAUCUACACAUCCCCUACCCACUCUGAAACCUCCUUGCUCAUCUGCAAUCCUACAUUCUGUCUUACCUCUAAUUCUUUCAAUUAUAACCCUACCGUACACUUUUCCUGGUAUACUCAGUAAACUUAUUCCUCUAUAAUUUUUACAAUCUCUUUUGUCCCCUUUCCCUUUAUAUAAAGGGACUAUACAUGCUCUCUGCCAAUCCCUAGGUACCUUCCCCUCUUUCAUACAUUUAUUAAACAAAAAUACCAGCCAUUCCAACACUAUUCCCCCCCCCCUGCCUUUAACAUUUCUGUCAUGAUCCCAUCAGUUCCAGCUGCUUUACCCCCUUUCACUCUACGUAAUGCCUCACGUACCUCCCCCACACUUACAUUCUGCUCUUCUUCACUCCUAAAAGAUGGUAUACCUCCCUGGCCAGUGCAUGAAAUUACCGCCUCCCUUUCUUCCUUAACAUUUAAAAGUGCCUCAAAAUAUUCUCGCCAUCUACCUAAUACCUCCAUCUCCCCAUCUACUAACUCCCCUACUCUGUU